AUGCUGCUUCCCGCCCCUUUGUCAAAAUAUAUAUCGUCUCUUAAGCUGUUGAAGCAGAAGUGGCAUAGCCAUGUUGCUUCACGGCGGGAAAACAAUCGAAACGCUCUUCCCAGUAGGCUACUUGACGUUUUCCUGUCCACUUGGGACCUUGGAUUUACCUCGUUUGGAGGACCGCCAGUGCAUUUUCGCAUACUCCAUGGCAGGUUCGUCGAGGGUAAAGGGGUGAGCGAGAAAUGGAUCGACGAACAAACUUUAGUAAAUUCGCUUACCAUCUCUAGCCUUCCCGGAGCAAUCGGCAUGUACGCCCUAUCCCUAGGCGUCCAACAAAUUAGCGAAACUCUCCCCGCACCUGUUUACCCUCUUCUUUCUGGACUAAACUCAUCAACUGUGGGAAUAAUUGCUCUAGCAGCAGUUCAGUUAGCGGAGAAAGCUAUCAAUGACAAGUUAACCCGCAUUCUGGUGACCCUUGGUGCCUGUGCUGGCCUUUGCUACAAUGCAUUGUGGUAUUUCCCAUUGCUUAUGACCCUUGGUGGAAUAACUACUGUUAUCUGGGAUGGAUGGCUUAACCAGAAGAUUCGAAGCUUUCGGUUGAGCAGAAGACGAAGGAAUACCCACCCCGAAGCAGCAGAGGAAGCGCCACAGAGUGUACAAGUAGAAGGCUGGCAAGAUAAUGGUAACACAAAUGGACGAGAGGAUGGUACUAUAAUAAGGUCUCGAAGAACGAACGCUCCCGGCAACAGUAUACCCAGUGAUCAGACGGAUCUAGUCUCCAGCUUGAACCAAUCAGGUGGAACUGAUAAUUCACAUAACCAUGUUAUUCGGAUCAGAUUUGGAAUUAUGAUCGUCAUUCUGUUCUUUGCGUCGUUCAUAUCCAUUCUUGUAGCCAGAGGUGCCCUUCGCACGCCACCCCUAGCUCUUAACCUUUUUGCCAAUAUGUACCUUGCUGGAACUGUGAUUUUUGGUGGUGGCCCUGUUGUCAUUCCACUUCUUCGGUCAUAUGUUGUAGACCCUGGCUGGGUCUCAGGCCGAGAUUUUCUCCUCGGACUUGCUGUUAUCCAGGCAUUUCCUGGUCCAAACUUCAACUUUGCCGUCUUUCUCGGCGCAUUAGCGCUGCAAAAAUCGCCGUUCCCAACCAUAUUUGGCGCUAUUCUCGGUGGGUUUGGGAUAUUCUUUCCAGGGCUUACAUUAGCAGUUGCGGUGCAGAGUUUUUGGACUGCUCUCCGCAAGAAGAAAUGGGUUACAGACUUCCUUCGAGGUGUUAAUGCAACUGCUGUUGGCUUGGUGUUUACUGCGGUCUACCGCUUAUGGGAAAUUGGAUAUCUUACCCCUCUAACCACCAGUGGGCAGAGCUUGGGCAAGGAGCCUUGGUGGGUUGUUAUAGCCGCUGUGACUUAUGUUGAGAGUGCAUGGUUUGGAGUUCCACCGCCACUUGCGAUUGUUAUGGGUGCAAUUCUCGGUCUCUGCUGUCAAUCCCUGCAACAUCGAGCCGUCUAUGAUAUACCCAGCCUAAGUGGCAUUCCAGACUUUGCUCCUGAGUUUAACCCGGAGAAUAACCUUCUUUUAACGAGUAACUUUGAAUGA